CCAAGCGCCGGACCGGAAGCUCCUCUCACUAACCCGAUUCUCCUCAUUGAGUUGAAACUCGGGAGACGUCAAGAUGCCGGCUUACCACUCUUCUCUCAUGGACCCCGACACCAAACUCAUUGGAAACAUGGCACUGUUGCCCAUCAGAAGUCAGUUCAAAGGACCUGCCCCUAGAGAGAUUCUUUGAAGAUUUCUACAGAUAAGGAAUGACCUGUUACUGUUCCCCAGAGGACUGGAUUCAAACCAAAUUGGAAUUAUGGAUGAAUCAAAAGACACAGAUAUUGUGGAUGAAGCCAUCUAUUACUUCAAGGCCAAUGUCUUCUUCAAAAACUAUGAAAUUAAGAAUGAAGCUGAUAGAACCUUGAUAUACAUAACUCUCUACAUUUCUGAGUGUCUAAAGAAACUCCAAAAGUGCAAUUCCAAAAGCCAAGGUGAGAAAGAAAUGUAUACACUGGGAAUCACUAAUUUUCCCAUUCCCGGAGAGCCUGGUUUUCCACUUAACGCAAUUUAUGCCAAACCUGCGAACAAACAGGAAGACGAAGUGAUGAGGGCCUAUUUGCAGCAGCUAAGGCAAGAGACUGGACUGAGACUUUGCGAGAAAGUUUUUGACCCUCAGAAUGAUAAACCCAGCAAGUGGUGGACUUGCUUUGUGAAGAGACAGUUCAUGAACAAGAGCCUCUCAGGACCUGGACAGUAACGAGAGCUGGGCAGACACUGUUUCCACAGCGUGGGCAGCAUUUUACUGCAAGAUGUACACAGUUCUUUGCCUUUAUUUCAUAAAGUUUUAUACAGAAGAGAGAAGAGAACAUGUCUUUACUUGAAAAGUUCAUUAUUAAGAAUUUGGGGGGGGAGAACAAAUUGUCAAAGGGUGAUUUGAAAUUUUCUGCAGUAUUAAGCUGGUGCUUAAUAAGUAAUAAUAAAGGAAUUUCUCACAUUGUGUCAGAAAAA